AUGUCGGGAAAUUACGGCUCCGAAUAUACCAGCUCCAAGCUUACUGCCCAUGGCUUCAAGUUCUAUAACUCUAUCCCAUCCUAUCCGAGCGAGGAAGCGGAGAUCGCUUUUGAACAUGUUGAUCGUGCCCUGAAUGCUGCUGGGUUCGGAGAUGAUGCGUGGGAAUAUGUAGAUAAGGUUUGA